ACCCCAAUGAACUCUAGGCAAUACAGAAACAUGGGUAUAGUUUUACGUCUACAUAAUUUACGACAGCCGUAUUCUGUUAUGAGCAAAAUGGCGUCCGGUAGCGGGACAAAAAAUGACUUCCGAAGGAAAUGGGAUAAAGAUGAGUAUGAAAAGCUGGCUCAGAAGCGCCUCACGGAGGAAAGGGAGAAAAAAGAUGGAAAACCUUCUCCGCCUGUUAAACGGGAGCUUUUACGACACAGGGACUACAAAGUGGACCUGGAGUCUAAGCUCGGGAAAACCAUUGUCAUCACUAAAACCACCCCGCAGGCGGAGAUGGGUGGAUACUAUUGUAAUGUCUGUGAUUGUGUAGUGAAGGAUUCAAUCAAUUUUUUGGACCAUAUCAAUGGCAAGAAACAUCAGAGAAAUCUUGGUAUGUCAAUGCGGGUGGAACGGUCAUCCCUUGAUCAGGUGAAGAAACGUUUUGAGAUGAACAAGAAGAAGCUGGAGGAGAAACAGAAAGAGUAUGACUUUGAAGAGCGCAUGAAGGAACUCAGAGAAGAGGAGGAAAAAGCAAAGGCAUACAAGAAAGAAAAGCAGAAGGAGAAGAAACGCAAGGCGGAGGAAGAGCUGACCUUUGAGGAAGACGAUGAAAUGGCAGCAGUGAUGGGAUUCUCAGGGUUUGGCUCCUCAAAGAAGGGGCAUUGAACCACACCCAUUACAGCUUUAUCACCGAUCCACACCUAGUCCUGUUGACUCCUUUAUCUAACACAAGGUUGGCAAACCCUUUCACAAUUCAGUGGAGGGACAUGGCAGAACCUCUCCAUCUCCUUGAAACAGCCUCGGACCAUUGUUCUUUUACAAUCGGGCUAAGCACAGGAGUUUCUAAGUGACAUUUAAGUUCAACCCAAGUUGUAAGAAAAAAAAGGACUUCAGAGAUGCCCACAUUCCACAUCCAACUAGUAGCAGAGUUUCAUUCUAAAAUGGCUUGAAGUGUAUUAUUUUAAUGUCUUUCUUAAUAAUGCAGGUUGAAUGAGAACUCUUGUACCAGCGCAUGAAAGUCGAUUUGCUCCCAGGUUGUUUGUUCUUUUUAUUGGUGCAUUUUUAGUUUAAAAAUAAAAAUAAGAAGUCAGAUCCUUUCUCUUGCUUUGGUGAUUCCCAUGUACAUAAACAGAUUGCUCACGGGGGCUCUUUGUGGAACAUAAAAUGAUUAAAACAAUAAAGUACUCAAGUUUACUCCUUGACAGUUGCAUGCUCUAGAAACAUGUGGAGUGCAUUGCCAGUUCUUUGGUAGUAAUGCUAUGUGACUGAGUAGCUGUCAGUCCAUGCUAGGUAGUCUUUCUGCUGUCCAGCAUGAUGAGCUUUUGAUCUACAGAUUCAUGGGUAUAAUCCAUGUCUGUCAACCUGACUCUAGAUUGCUGAAGAUUUCCUGAAUUUCCAGUGGAUUUGAUUAUAGUAAUAUAACAACAUUUAUAUUCAUAAAAAAGUGACAGUUGCUUUGAGAGGUUUAAAUGGCUACAGCAAAUUUAAAAAGAUACCUUUGAUGUAUUAAAAUUCAGUAAAUAUUGAACUUUCUAAAAUAUGAAAAAGUUGUAAAACAGAAUGACCUUGCAUUUUCCAUAUGCUCUGCAAUCCCGAUUUUGGCAAAUCUGAAGCCUUUGUGAUUAAUAUGUAGCUUUUAUAUAAAUCAAUGAUUGGUUUUGGAAACUUGGUUAACCUACAUGUAUCUUCACUUAAUUGGUCAGUUUAAGUUACUCAGAUUUUUGUUGGAGUUAACACUUUUUAGACCAUCUAACUGUAAAGAACCUAGAGUACAGGCAAUAUGUUUUCUGGUGCAUCACUUUCCUCAGCAGUGGUAUUAAAUAAAGAACAUUAAUGAUU